AUCGCAUCUGGAGUCCAAACAUGGAAUUGACAAGAAUCAUUUGGCUAGCAUCUUUUCCUAUUUUGGUCACAAUUGUGUUCACCGGAAUGGCGUGGCUACAGCGACGAGCGACGUUCUCCCCAACAACCAAACGUUCACCACCUCUGCCGCCCGAGGCUGCAGGGGCUCCCCUUCUUGGGAUCCUCCCAUCACUUCUCACCAAGGGCCCGCUGCAAGUGAUCCGCGAUGCCCACGCAGAGAUGGGGAGCGUGUUCACAGUGAGUCUGUUGCAUCGCAAGGUGACCUUCCUAGUUGGGCCAGAUGUGUCGAGCCAUUUCUUCCAAGGGCUCGACUCGGAGAUCAGCCAGGACGAGGUUUCACAGUUCACCAUUCCGACCUUCGGCCCCGGCGUCGCCUUCGACGUAGAUUUCGCCACUCGUCGCGAGCAAUUUCGCUUCUUCGGCGAUGCGAUGAAGCCGGUCAAGCUUAGGACCUACGCUCGCCUCAUGGUGCAAGAAGUUGAGGAAUACUUUGCGAGAUGGGGACCAACCGGCACGGUUGACUUGAAGAAGGAGCUGGAGCACCUCAUCACGCUCGUCGCCAGCCGGUGCUUGUUCGGGGAGGAGGUCCGGGCCAAGAUGCUGGGUGAGGUCGCAACGCACCUCCAUGAACUCAAUGACGGCAUGCGUCUCGUCACCAUCCUAUUCCCGCACCUGCCGAUCCUGGCGCACCGCAGACGCGACACGGCGCGCGCUAGGCUCGGCGAGAUAUUCUCCGGCAUCGUUAGUUCCCGCAAAACAAGCUACCCCGAUGGUGGCCCAAACGACAUGCUGCAGUGCCUGAUCGAUUCCAGGUACAAAGACGGCCGCGCCACCACCGAGACGGAGGUCGUCGGGAUGCUGGUCUCGGCGCUGUUCGCGGGGCAGCACACAAGCUCCAGCACGGGCACGUGGACUGGAGCGCGCCUCCUCGCGCACGCCAAUGGCAAUCACCUGCGCGCUGCCGUCCAGGAGCAGGAGCAGAUUGUGGAGCGGCACGGGGACCGCGUGGACUACGAGGUCCUGCAGGAGAUGGAUAUCCUCCACCGCUGUGUCAAGGAGGUUCUGCGGCUCCACCCGCCGGCGAUGAUGCUGCUGCGCCACGCGCGGCGGAGCUUCACCGUGCGAACCAGGGAGGGCGACGAGUACCAAAUCCCGGAGGGGCGUACGGUCGCAAGCCCGCUAGUGAUCCACAACCGUCUCCCGCAUGUGUACAAGGACCCGGAGAGGUACGAGCCGGACCGGUUCGGCCCCGGCAGAGGGGAGAACGGGGCCGGCGAAGCGUUCUCGUACACGGCGUUCGGUGGUGGGCGGCAUGCCUGCGUGGGCGAGGCGUUCGCGUACAUGCAGAUCAAGGUGAUAUGGAGCCACCUGCUGAGGAACUUCGAGAUGGAGAUGGUGUUGCCAUUCCCUGAGACGAACUGGAACGUGGUCAUGCCGGGGCCCAAGGGGAAGGUCAUGGUCCGCUACAACAGGAGGAUGUCAGCGGCCGCGUAA